AUGUCGCCAUUGGACGAAGUUGUCGAUUUAGCAUACGGGGGAUUAUGCCAGACUGGCUACUUGAAUUGUAUCUCUCCUUACCCCUCAAUAAUAGGUAAUUGGAGGCCUGCUGGGCUAGCAAAGAAGGACUCAGAUAUCUACAAUGAACCAGAGGUAUGGCACGAUGCUUCGUCCCGUGGCAUUGCUUACAGUACUAUGUUGAAUAUUAAUCGCCUAUUAAAUAAUGAAGCUACUGUUAUUUCUGGAUAUAUGGUUCAAUUUUCAUCCUAUCAGAGAUGUUCUGUAGAAGAGGUUGCAGAGCAUGCUCAUAGUUUUUCGUUCUCUUUUUUUAAUAGGUUAAUAGAGACUGUCAACGACUCUCUGCUGACUCCGGCGGCAGCUCAGAUCAUUGCCAACCUGGGGCAGAAGUCAGGUCUGCAGGAUAUUGCGGACAAGCUGGGCAUCAAGCGCGUGGGCAUGGCUCACCAGGCCGGCUCAGACUCGCUUGUUACGGGCGAGAUCUACUGGAAGAUGCAUCAGGUUGUGUUCAACGGCACUAUUGACAAGGCCAAGUAUUCGGGACAGGUUUGGGGAUUGAACGGCCAGUUAUCCGCGGUGACGUAUUACAACAACAACCAGGCGCAGCAGACGCCAAAUCUGAACGGGGCGACCAUAUAUUCGAAUGUCGAACGCAGCCGGAAAUCAGACACCUCAGCAACAAGGCAAUGCCGGAACUUGCGUGAUUAG